CAGGCGCGUGAGGUACAAGAACCGUCGAUAAAGGUGUCGCAAGAGUAGAAACUACGUAAUACAUUUUCCUUUUGAUGAUGUAACGAAUCAAUACACUCCAUAAUUUUAUAUUCCACAUCCUUCGGCUAUAAAUCCAGUUCCACACACUCCACCUCUUUCGACACCAAUACACUCCUGAAAAACCAUUGUAGUGAUGCAGGGCCUCCGCUGCUACAAUCUGCUCUCCGACGACCAAUUCAAGCUGCAAUUAACUCCGACCACCACUUCCCCCCUCUCAAUCGACGCCUCCGAAUCCACCCAGAUGAGGAUCCAACGACUCAUAACCGAAAAUCCCGUCAACAUAUUCACCCGUUCCAACUGCUUUAUGUGCGACGUAGUGAAACGACUCUUCUAUUCCAUCGGUGUUUUCCCCACCGUCAUCGAACUGGAGGAGGAAGAAGUCGCCGACCUUGCUGCCUUCCACGAACACAGUGGUGGCGGAGACGAGGAGGUUCCGGCAGUCUUCAUAGGUGGGUCUUGUGUUGGCGGGUUAGAGAACCUUGUUGCACUCCAUUUGAGCGGCCAUCUUGUUCUAAAGCUUGUAGAAGUUGGUGCUCUUCGGUCUGGGAAUAAUGGUGUUGUAGGCUUGUAGAAAGUAGCAACCCCAAGUAAGGGGUAUGGUUGUAAUUUUGCUCCAUGCAUAUUUAUAUAUAGUUUGGAGUAUGAAUGGUGCAAUUAUUUAUGGAGAAAGUACAGAUUAUGCGUUG